AUGACUUGGAAGCCGCCAAGGGAAGGUUGGUUGAAAUGUAACGUGGAUGCGGCUUUUAAUAAACAUUGUGGUAUUACUAAUAAAGGAUGGUGUGUGCGUGAUAACCUUAGAAAUUUCAUUAUUGUUGGUGUGGCUUGGGGUCCUGGUACUCUUUCUGUUAUUGAAGUUGAACCUUUGGCGCUUAAAGAAGCAAUCAAUGGAGCUAUCGGCCUGCAUAUGAAAAAUGUUAUUUUCGAAAGUGACUCCCAAAGAGCAGUUCACGACAUUCAUUCCAAUCACAAUGGUGGAUCCGAGUUUAAUUUUAUUAUCAAUUCUAUUAAAGCUUUGUUAUCUGUUUAUCCAAAUUUUGAGGUAAAAUUUAUUAAAGCGAAGAUGGUUGCUCAUUCUCUUGCAAAGGAGGUCAAUUCUUGGUCUAGGCGUAUUACAUUUAACUCGACUCCUCCUUAUAUUGAACAAGUUUUGAUUAAUAAACUGCAUUGA